UCUGUAUAGCUCUUUGUGACAUCAGCUGAUGUAAGAAGGGCUUUAUAAAUACAUUUAAUUGAUUAAAUGGAGCAGUGGGCACCGGAUGUAACAUGACAUUAUAUUUGAGUGUCUGGAACUGGAAAGGAGAAUCGUCAUUGAAAUAAAAGGGUAAUUUGUGGAAAUAAAGUUUGUAAAACUCUGUCUGAAAAGAAACUCAAAUCAGAUUAAACAUGCUAUUCAUGGGUUGCACCUUUGUCACUUGGUGGUAUCGUUGCCGUUGUUAUCAACAUUCUACCGAUGCCGCAGCAUAUUGAUGUCCAACUGAAGGUUAAUGCUCAGUCUUUCUGAACGGGGGGCUAGUGAAUGUUUCGUCUAAAUUACACUAUAGUGGACUGGCAAUGCAAUGACAUUGCUAAAGUAGACACAUAAUUAGUAGAAAACAACUUUGCCAUCAUUAUGUUGUCAUGAAGUUUACUUUAGAGAGAUGGUAAUGUUGCUGGCCAUGAGCUAGCAAGGUUUGACAGAAAUAGCUAGCAAUGCUAACAUUAGCUAGCUCAAAUGUCGGUGCUCUCCCCUCAAUCUUAGAAAGCAAAUUAAAGUUAUACUGCAUCUAAAGUCAAUCUGGCGACGUAGCAAAGAUGACAAAGCUUGUCCUACUAACAAAUCUUGACUCCUUUUCUAAUGUCACCGUGCUUCCAAGACAUGGUAAUGCACUUUACACAAAGUCUUCAUCAACACCUAUUGUCACUGCAUUGAGUAGAAUGCUCAGCUGGGCAUCAGUCCUAAAAUGAACAUUCAAAACAAUAUUGUGACGAAACAUGGAAUCCAUGAAUGAAGUUUCAGUCUGUGACUUUUCUAUAAACUGAGGGCUGCAGGGGUAACUCAGCUCCCUUACAGUAGAUGUUAAGCAGCUCCUUUGUCUGUCGAUCAGGCUGCUGACCACUGAGCUGUCCCAGCAGAGUGAGGAGCUGCCAGGAGACCUGCAGUCUCUAUCCUGGCUCACCACUGUGGACAUACACAGGCUGCAGCAUAUGGCCACAGGCAGACUGGCCUUCAACAACACAGAACCCCAGAGCAGCCCACUGGAGCUUUACCCAGGUUCAGACCAGCACAGAAACAUGAAUACAGCACUAGGACAUGACACCAUUGUCCCUCCCCAAAGCAACAUGCAGAACAGUUAUAUUGGAAUGAACUACCUCAACAAUCAAAAUGGAAAUAAGACAGGAGGGUACCCAGGAAGUGGUAUACCUGGCUCAGAAUACCAGUCCUCCCUAGCCGACUACUACCACUCCCCCCAGCAGGCCUACAGCCCAGCUCAGGCUGUCCAACAGCAUUCCCCCAGCAGCCUGUAUAACAGCCCCCUCCUACCAUAGCCAAAACCUGUAUGAGCAGCAAGCAGCAGGCAUGAGCAUCAGCAAUCCCCACAGCAACCAGGAUCUCCUACAACAACCUAAUUCCUUCCCCAAACCUAUCUACUCCUACAGCUGCCUGAUUGCUAUGGCUCUGAAGAACAGCCGGACAGGCAGCCUCCCUGUCAGUGAGAUCUACGGCUUCAUGAAGGAGCACUUCCCUUACUUCAAGACGGCGCCUGACGGCUGGAAGAACUCUGUGAGACACAACCUGUCUCUGAACAAGUGCUUUCAAAAGGAAGAGAACAAGCAGGGAGGCUCCUCCUCCACUCGUAAGGGCUGUCUGUGGGCCCUCAACCCAGCCAAGAUCAACAAGAUGGAGGAAGAGAUGCAGAAGUGGAAACGCAAGGACCUGACUGCCAUCCGCCGCAGUAUGGCCAACCCAGAUGAGCUGGACAGGCUGAUCACAGACCGACCGGACGGCUGUCGGAGGAACCCUUGUGAUCCCAGGAUGACGUGUCUCCCCUCUAGCCCCUGUGGUUCCCCUCUGUCUGGGCUUCUGCAGGCAUCCCUCCCCUUCUACCUCCAGGCCCAGAAUCCCACUCUGCUAGUAGACCCCAGUUCCCCUGUUCCCGCCCGGACCCCUCCCCUCCACGCUGUCCCAGACUACUCCCACACCCCCUUCAUCCAGCAGCAGCCCUGCAGACAAGCCAACAGCCACAGUCUGUACAGCCUCCACCCUGACGUCACAGCAGAUGUGGACGCUCUGGACCCUAGUAUCAUGGAGUUUGCCGGGAGCCUAUGGGAGGGGGUGAGAGAGGAGGGCUUCAGCCUUGAGAGUAUGUUUAACCACUCUCCUCUGUGCCUGUCUGACUGUGAGCUGCCUGGCCCCACCACUGGACAGCCCCUGGUGGACCUACAGGUUUCAGGGCUGUACACCACCCUGGACCCGGCACCUGCUGUCCCCUUCCAGUACAUCACCACCACAGAGCCCGGGGGCCAAGCCGUCGCCCUGCUCUGACUUUGACUGUGAAACACUGAUAUACACCAAGACUGACCACUACUGUUGAACCUGCAUGUCCCCACACCUACUGUAUGAGAAUCCUGAACAUUCCCCCACCUGACAGGAUGUCUUGCCUCUUUCAUGUCAAUCAGAUACAUUUUUUAAAACUGAUUCCUGUUUCUCCACCAAAGCACUUAAGAAGCACCCAAAUCAGCUAGCAUAGACGUGUUUGAUUGGGCCUGUCAGAUUUUUAGAGUGGUGAGGAUACAGUGUUUUUGUGUGUGUGAUGGUUUAGAGGUAAAAUGCAAUGCUACUUUAUAUUUACAAGAGCUGGAGUCAAUGUUGUGAAGGUUGUCUUCUGUGAAGAUAUGUAAAAGGUUGUCGGGGAAACUCAUCUGUCAUCUAUUUCUUGUGGAGUUAAAGUCUUUACUAGCUUGUGCAAACAAUCAUUUUUUUGUUACCAGAUUUGACUCUGGUAUUGUAGCUCGAUAGUUUAUUUGUAGUACUAAAGUCCUGCUAGGAAGGCGUUAUCUCACCGUUUCCUGUUUUGUUCAUUUGUAUUUAUUUACUUUUCUCCGUGUAAACUGUCUAACAUGACUCUUAAAGCCAUGCCUUACAACAAUAAUUGUAUAUUGUAAUAUAGAGGGCUUUAACAUGUUAAUGUAUUUUAGAAAUACUAAACAUUUUUAACUUAAGAUUAUUUAUGUAAAGGUAUUACAGACAUGUUAAAAGCCUUAGCAGAUUCACCUGUUUUAAACUGACAAUAGACUCCUGUGCCUACAAGGUGUUUCUCUAACUGUAAACAUUUUCAGAAUAAAUAUUUUCAGAUUCCA